CUGACAGGUUUGAAGAAAGGAGGAAAGAGAAGGAGAGAGAGAAGAGAUGGAGGGAGGAAAAGAGGAGUAAAGCGAUGAAGGUGUACUCCAAGCUGCAGGAGGAGAAUCCUCAUCAGGGGUCGCACAACACCAACUGCUCCAGGUUUGAGGACUUUGCCUUCCUGGCCAAAUACUGCAUCUUCAACCAGGAGAAGCUGGCCAUAUACAAGCAGGCUUUUCAAGCAGCAGACAGUGAUGGAGAUGGAUAUCUGUCCUGCUUCCAGGUGCUUCUGGCCCUCAAAGAGAUUGUCCCCUCAGAGCUUCUGUCCGAGGAAGAGGAGAUCUACGUCUACAGGAUCCUGGAGUUGGUGGAUGUUCACGUGGCUGAGGGGGUGAUGAUGGACGAGCGUCUGUUUGCUGUGGUGGCCAGCCUGGCUCACAAAGUAGCUACACUGGAUGACUUCAUGCGUUCUCUCAUCAGCCAAAUGGACUUCAGAUCUUUGGAGAUGAAGCUGUACAAAGCAAAGCAGCUCUUCCUGUUCCUCCUGGAGGCGCAGACAGGGGGCGAUGUGGUGCCGGCUGACGGCUGCAUCAGCACGGAGCAGCUUCUUCUGGAGCUGAAGGCCGGGGGCCUGCGCCGCGAGCAGGAAGAGGCCGUGCUGAGGGAGCUCACGCACCUGGGCGCGCUCGACUUGCUGGACUUCCUCGCCUACCUGCCCCUCUUCAUCCUCAUACACAACUCCGUGGUCAACAAUCCGCUGGACGACUCGCCCAAUCUGUGAUGCCACACACACACACAGACAAGCACACACACACACACACACACACACACACACACACACACACACACACACACUCACCCCAACAUGUAAACACACACAAACAUGCUUACAAUAUUCAAAAUAUACCAAUACAAUACAAUACACCAUAAACUGUGUAACUUGUAGAUCCUAUCUUAACUGUUUGGUAACUGUGGUAAAAAGGAUUGGGGCCUGAUUUAAAUAAAAAGCUAUUACCGAAGAGACGGGCUGUUCCUAAGGCAAAUUCUAAAAGUGUAUCCACAAUUGUAGAAGCAUUCUAACUUCCCAAUUUCUUCAAUAAACUCUGCUAACUGUGGGAUAACCGAUAAGUUGUUUAGAGUCCUUAAAUAAGUCUGCACACUUCUUGAAUCUUUUUUUUUUUUUUUCUUUGUUUUGUUGUGGUCGAAACAUUGUUUUGCCAAGCAUGACAAAAUAAAACACAGAAAAAAGAAAGAUUCAAGAAGUGUGCGAACGUUUUAAGUAUUUAUUGACUAUUUUUUUGUCUUGCACCUGGGAUGUGCACAAUGACCUCCUUCAACUGAAGAGUCCUACCAGAUUCUGGUCUGAAACAGUCCCAGUCCACUGCAAGAGGUGCUGUCUAUGGUUCUGAAAUAUGGUGCUAGCUAGCAAGACAAGUCUGAAACUGUGUGCCUAUGUGUGCAUAAAUUGUGUGUAAGAUG